AGUGAGAAAGACAGAGAGAGAAAACCUGUUGCCUUGCUUUUACUGUUGUCUGCUUUUGCUUUUCACCUUCGCCAGCACUCUUAUCUCAGCCCAAAAUCUCCGUAAAACGGCACGGCCACGCCUUCUUAUCUGAAUGUGAGAGGCACAUAAUCGAAUGUACAUCUGAGAUCUCUCUGUUUUUUAUUUUUCUUCUUUUCACUCUCAUUUCAAGUUUUCGCCACAAAAAGCCAUGGGCAGUGUCUCGUCGGAGGAAGGGAGCGAGGAAAGGUGCGGAAGCUACAGCCUGAGCGCCGACGUUAGUGAGUCGGAGAGCUCGGCCGGAGACGCAGUGGAGGAUGAAGGCGGCGCUCCCUCCAGUUCCGCCGGUUUUUCUUCUUUCGCGGCCGGGAGUUCUGCGCCAUCGACGCCGACAUUCACGUUUCCGUUGAUCGGAGGGAGGGAUGUGGUGGUUUUGGACGAGAAGCCGCGGAAACGGGGCUCCGAUUUGUCUGCGCCCUUUUUAGUGAAUGUUGGUUUAUACAUCAAAUUGCUGUCGGUGGAUAUGCUUCUGAAAGCCUUGCACAACUAUUAUCUGAACACUUUGAGUCGUUUUGGAACGAUUGUAGAAAUUGAUAUGAUGAAAGAGAGAUUCGCGAAACUUCUCCUCGGUGAAGACAUGUCUGGUGGAGGUAAAGGGGUUUGUACUGCCUUAGCCAUCUCAAAUGCUAUAACCAAUCUUUCCGCCACUGUAUUCGGGCAACUGUGGAGGCUGGAGCCCAUGGAUCCACAGAAGAAGACAAUGUGGUGCAGAGAGAUGGAUUGGCUCUUAUCUGUCAGUGACUCGAUUGUGGAACUUGUCCCCUCCAUUCAGCCAUAUCCUGGAGGGGGAAUGUACGAGGUAAUGGCAACUAGGCCGCGUACUGAUUUGUGCAUGAACCUGCCGGCUCUCAAGAAACUGGAUGCCAUGCUAAUUAGCAUUCUUGAUGGGUUUCGAAAUACCGAGUUUUGUUAUGUAGAUCGUGGGAUAGUUAUGGAUGAGUGCGAUCGGUUCUCAUCGGGGGCGUCUUCCGGUAGGCCUUCGGUUAGACAGGAGGAUAAGUGGUGGCUGCCGUGUCCUAAAGUUCCCGAUAAAGGUUUGUCCGAGGAUGCAAGGAAAAGGUUGCAGCAGUGCAGGGAUUGCACGAACCAGAUAUUGAAAGCAGCCAUGGCUAUAAACAGUAACGUGUUGGCCGAGAUGGACAUUCCAACCGCCUAUAUAGAAACCCUACCCAAGAAUGGAAGAAGCUGUCUGGGUGACAUAAUCUACCGCUACAUAACUGCAGAUGAGUUCUCUCCUGAAUGUCUUCUGGAUUGCCUGGACUUGUCUUCGGAGCACCACACGGUAGAUGUGGCGAACAGGAUCGAGGCAGCUGUGCAUGUUUGGAAGCUGAAAGAGAAAAAGAAACACCCCAACAUUCAGAAACCCAAACGCAAGUCAUGGGGCGGUAAAGUGAAGGGCUUGGUGGGUGAUGGAGAAAAGAAUCUGCUUCUUGCUCAACGAGCUGAGACUUUGCUGCACAGUCUCAGGCUCCGUUUUCCCGGUCUUCCUCAAACUGCACUUGACAUGAGCAAAAUCCAGUACAACAAGGACGUGGGGCAUGCCAUUCUGGAGAGUUAUUCACGGGUUAUGGAGAGCUUAGCAUUUAAUGUAAUUGCAAGAAUUGACGAUGUUGUUUACGUGGAUGAUGCCACGAGGCAAUGUGCGGUGACGGAGGCCCUCUCGAUUUUGAAUAGGGGAGGAGGGUUCAAUGGCCUGCCAGUGCAGAAGAAGAUGUCUCCAAGCCCCUUCUCCAUUCAGCACACACCUUACGUGUCUCCUUUCGCGACUCCUUUGUGCUCAUCCCCUCCUUUGCCGAGCAGCCCGAGAACUACUGUUACCCCACUCGACAUGAGCUCACGAGCUCUAAACCAUAAGUAUGAUAAGGUUGUGCCGGCUGACCUGGAUAAGCUCUGGUUGUAUGCAGGUAAUCUUAAUCUUGGGUCGAGGAGGGUUACUGGGGAUGCCCCAGAGCGCGACUGAUAGUUUUGGGGACUUGGGAGGUGUGGUGAUGAUACGGGAGAUUCGCGCCGCAUAAUAUAUUUUAUGUAUAUUUGGUCUAGUGUAGUUCUUCAAGUUUUGAUNUUAAUUGCGUUUGUUU